AUGUACUUCAUCGUUGUUUUCAACGCGCACCUGAAAGAUGACUUACUAACGUUUAUCUGCUUUCUUCCGCAGUGGCUUGUGGUAGUGGGGGCCGUUGCCCUCCUAAGUGCAACGAGUCGCGCCGGAGGUCAUGGAGGAGGUGGCGGCGGCGAAUCUAUCAUUGUGAAAGAAGUUGAUGGUGGUCACGGAGGAGGCGGUUACGGCGGUGGAGACGGUGGCGGUCACGGCGGUGGUGAAGUCCAGUUUGUGCAAGUGCAGGAAUCGGAUGGACACGGCGGAGGAUACGGGGGCGGAUACGGUGGAGGUCACGGAGGUGGUGGUGGUGGUGGCGGCGGCGGCGGCGGUCACAGAUACACUGCCCAAAUCGACAAAACACCGAUUCCCAUCAAGUACAAACAGGGUCUUGUCACAUCGACGCAUCCAAUCUCUCUCGUUGAGCCGAUAAAGAUUGCCGCAAACCUCCCUGGACCCAAAGUGACUUUCCCCCACGGCAUCCCUAAGGCCGAAAGUUCCGGUCACACAGCUGUUCAGAUCCAGGAAGUUGGUGGCGGACACGGCGGCGGUGGUGGAUUCGGCGGCGGCGGACACGGUGGCGGAUUCGGCGGCGGACACGGAGGCGGAUUCGGCGGCGGACACGGAGGCGGAUUCGGCGGCGGACACGGUGGAGGUGGCGGAGGUCACGGCGGUGGAGACUCCGUCAUCGUCAAAGAGAUCGAAGGCGGCGAUUUCGGAGGCGGUCACGGUGGCGGUUUUGGAGGAGGUCACGGCGGAGGUUUCGAAGGAGGUCACGGCGGAGGUUUCGGAGGAGGUUUCGGAGGAGGUCACGCUCAGGCCAUCGAGGCUGGUCCCGAUGCUGCCUACCCCGACCCGGCUGUAUCUGUCGCCGAUUCCGUCCAGAAAAUUCCGAUCGGACAAGCUAUCCAGACCGAAGAAGCUCACGGUGGUGGUCAUGGCGGAGGACACGGAGGAGACUCUAAGGGCGUCGCCGUUCUCUCGAUCAAUGUCCAAGAGGCCCACGGUGGUGGAGGAGGCGGAAACCACGGUGGAUGGGACGGCGGAGCGGGUGGCGGUGACGGAGGCCAUGGUUGGCAGUGA